AUGUCUGAGAUUCGUCGGAAACUUGUAAUCGUCGGGGAUGGUGCUUGUGGAAAGACCUGUCUUUUAAUUGUUUUCUCCAAGGGUACCUUUCCUGAAGUAUGUUUUUUACAAAGUUUACCUAUCUGGAGAAGUGCUAAUAAAUAUGAAAGUAACAUAAAUAUUGCAGCUAAAAGACGAUGGUCAAUUAAAGUUUUUGGCAGUAUGAUUAACAAAGAAAAUAUUUUCAUAAUUUUAACUUUUAUUUUAAAUGUACAACAGGUCUACGUUCCUACCGUAUUUGAAAAUUACGUUGCAGACGUAGAAGUAGAUGGCAAACACGUUGAAUUGGCAUUAUGGGACACAGCUGGUCAGGAAGAUUAUGACCGUCUUCGACCACUUUCUUAUCCAGAUUCUCAUGUAAUUUUGAUUUGCUUUGCUGUCGACUCUCCUGAUUCUUUGGAUAAUGUACAAGAGAAGUGGAUUUCAGAGGUAAUGCAUUUCUGCCAAGGAUUACCCAUCAUUUUAGUUGGGUGUAAGAAAGACUUACGGUUCGAUUCUAAAACAAUUGAGGAGUUACGUAAGACUUCUCAAAGACCAGUGACACCGGAAGAGGGAAUGGGCGUUGCAACGAAAAUCGGCGCAUACAAAUAUUUGGAAUGUUCAGCAAAAACAGGUGAGGGCGUCCGUGAGGUAUUCGAACAUGCCACACGGGCGGCUCUUUUGGCAAAGAAAAAACCAAAAAAGCACAAUUUAUGUUCAACCUUGUAA